CCACAGCUAUUUCUCGAUAGUAGCGAGACAAUGCUACUAUCAUUGAUCUUGUGCAACAUAGCUUCCAUUUUAUUGAACAGCGACCGUGAACACGACAUGAAACUCUUGCAGCGCAUCCGAGCCCUCGAUGCAUCUCGACGACUUGACGUGAUGAACAAAUAUAUCCCCGCGGUGUUGGUGGAAAAUCAGAAAGAUUUUGGCGAAAGUAGCAGUGGAGUUUGCGUUGACAAUACCAUCAUCAUCGGCCAUAUUCAUUCUGAUCUGAUAGAUUUAAUGAGAAUAAAUCUCGAUGAAGGGAGGGAUGAUAAUUCUUUCUGCGAUUCAUUUCUGUUUCCACCCUUGCUAGAUGAUGCGAGCACAUCGUCGUUGACUAAGAGAUUCUUUGGUCUCCGAGUCAAUGAAAUCCCCCAAGGAGAAUCGCCCAUCGCAAGGACUGAUGCUAGAAACGCGAUUUUGGAACAGUUUACAAGUUUGCUGCUGGAAUGCAAAGUGAUUUCAAAAAAACACACAGAUAUGUACCCCGUCAAGGAUCUGAGAAACGAUUGCGAAGGAGAAAUUCUCGCCGAGAUAAAUCGAAGUGCAGCACCCUUUCUCGGCAUUUCUUCGGUCGGUGUUCACUUACUUUGCUAUGUCCGGGGAGAUGGAACUAGCAGGGACGAUGACACCGUGUGUCUGUGGCUCGCGCAACGAGCGGCGAACAAGUCCCACAAUGCAUUGCGAUGGGAUCCUACCGUGGCGGGUGGCCAACCGGCAUCCUUGAGCCUCUUCGACAACCUCGUCAAGGAGGCCGGGGAAGAAGCGGGCAUCGAUCCCUGCGUGGUCGCCCGGAACGCGGUGUCCACCGGAUGCCUCUCUCAAAUGACAUGCAAACCAAACGGGGCCUGCAUGAAACCUAGCUUGUAUUACACGUGGGACAUGCAGGUCGGUAGCAACUUUGUCCCGCAUCCCGCGGACGGGGAGGUCGCAAAAUUCCAGCUCUUUUCGGCAAAGGAACUUGAGCACGAGGUUCGCAACGGCGAUCGCUUACGUCCGGCGAUGAUUCUGGUGGUCACCGACUUUUUGAUACGGCACGGCGUCAUUACACCUGACAACGAACCAGACUACGCCCAAAUUCUCGCAGCGAUGCACCGGGAACGCCUCAUACUAGAUUACCAGUAGACAACUAAUUAUUUCCUAGAGUUGUAACAAUAAGCUGUAUUAAGCAGACACCUUGCAGUCUUCUCACAAUUAUUGUAUAGAUUAGGUGCUGCACGGUCGUCUUGCAAUAUUCAACAACUAAAAUUUCAUAAUAUGU